UCUUCUUCAUUUAUAAUACUCCACUCUGGCUCAAGCUCCCUAAUUUCAUUGACGCUUUGUUUCUUCCUUCACACAAAUUCCAUUCGGCUCUUUAUUUAAUACCCCUCUGCUCUGUAACUUUGUUCAUCACCCUUGUAAAUUUCCGAUCCAAAGUUUCAGUCUUUUCUCUGGUUUUGUUUGAUCUGAUCACUUUGGAGUUUGUCCCUGAUUCAAUUUGUGUUUUGGAGAUUGAGUUUGGGUUUUGCUCUGCUGGUUUUGACUACCCAGAAAGGGAAAGAAAUAUCUGGAUUGUAAAUUUCAUUCCUUUUAUAGAACUUUGACAAAGCUUAAAAGCCUCAACCUCACUGAGCUCCCAGUACCUUUUCAUUUGUCUUCUGAGUUGGGUUUUGUGUCCAUUUCUCUCAGUUGAGAAAUCAGAGAAGUAAAGUAAAGGGUGUUUAGAGGUUGUGGUUUCCUCUGUUUUUGUGAUUACAAAAACGGGUGUGUUGGUUGUGAGUUUCUGGAGCUUAAAGUUUUGAGCUUUAUUGGGAAAUGUUGGGUACAAGAUUACAGUUUGGGAAUGUUAGAGGAGAGGACAGGUUUUACAUUGCUGGGAAAGGAAGGAGGAGAAACAAUCAGCAGCAAAAGCAGGCCAGGAAGGCAAAGAAUGAUGCAAACCAGAGCCCCAAAGAGAGUAAAGUUGCGGUUUUUGAGAACAAAGAGACUCAUGGUGCAUUGACAAAGCCUUGUUCUGAUCCCACUUUAACUCCAAGGAGUAAUCUUGACAGGUUUUUGGAGUCUACCACGCCUUCGGUUCCGGCCCAGUAUUUCUCUGAGACAAUGAGGGGCAUGAGAACUUGUGAUGUGGAGUUUCAGCCUUUUUUCGCUUUGAAUGAUCUUUGGGAAUCGUUCAGGGAAUGGAGUGCUUACGGGGCAGGAGUACCUUUAGUCCUCAACAAAUGUGAUUCUGUUAUGCAAUAUUAUGUUCCUUAUUUAUCUGGUAUCCAAUUAUAUGGCGAAACUGAAGUGAAGUCAAGUGCAAAGCAACGGCAAGUUGGUGAGGACAAUGAUGUUGACUACUAUUUGGAUUCAAGUAGUGAUGCAAGCAGUGACUAUGAAAUUGAAAAACACAUGAAGAUUACUAGGGAGCAGAAGCAUUUUCUUCACCAAUUAAAUAGUGAGGUUUCGAGUAGAUUAGGCAGAUUGUCUGUAUGUGAUGAUGAACACCUUGUAUCACAAGAAGGCUUUUCUAGUGAUGAUGGAGAAGCUGUGAAUUCUCCAGGCUUGCUUUUUGAGUAUCUUGAGCGGGAUGCUCCAUAUGGCCGUGAACCAUUGGCUGACAAGAUAUCAGAUCUGGCACGCAAGUACCCUAGGUUGAAAUCCUUAAGAAGUUGUGAUCUACUGCAAGGCAGUUGGAUGUCAGUAGCUUGGUAUCCCAUAUAUCGAAUACCUACGGGUCCAACGUUGAAAGAUUUGGAUGCUUGCUUUCUGACAUAUCAUUCUCUUUCAACAUCCAUGACAGGAGGUAGCGGAAGUGUGCAAGCUCCAGUAAUGGUGUAUCCCAGUGAGAUGGAUGAUGUACCUAAGAUUUCAUUGCGUACUUUUGGAUUGGCUUCAUAUAAGCUCAAAGGAUCCUUGUGGGCUCAAAAUGGAACAGAGUGUCAACUGGCCGAUUCCCUGAUGCAAGAUGCGGUCAACUGGCUAAGCCUGCUUCAGGUCAAUCAUCCUGAUUUCCAGUUCUUUGCUUCACAUGGCAUGUACUGCAGGUGAAAUCAAUUCAACAGUUGUUUCAUUGGCAUCAAUGAUCUCAGCUUCAGCUCACCUUCAUCAACGACAAUGCUGAAGUUACUGGUAAAUUACAAUGGAAUUCCCUUGAGAGGGGAAUUUCAAAUGUCAACUUACAGAAAUAGAAGAUGAAAAUGAGCAAAAGAGAAGGGUAACAAGAACAGAAGAAAAAGAAACAGUGGAAAAAAUCCAAGGCUGGGAGGGAGCAGAAUAAGGUAUUUAAAGAGUCCAAUAUAGAUGAGAAUCUGAUGUAAGCGGUGUAUGACAGUGCAACAAAAAUUAUCCUCAAAGGUUUGUAAUACCUUAUUUGUCAGACAUUAAUAUUUCCACAUACAACAUGUUUAAAUCAUGAUAAAAGAGGGAACAAAGGAAAUCACUUUAUUAUAUGGGGUGCUAUUUCUUAAUGAACUUAUCAUUUUGCAUUAUUGCAUCAA